CCUCCCCCCCCCACCCCGUCCUCGUCUUCCUGCGCGAUGCGGGGCUCGCUUUCCCGGCGUGCCUCGCGCGGCCGUUCUCCGCCGUCCCCUCUGACCUCGCAGGGCCCGUCGUCGUUCUGGCAUCCGGGCUCUCCGCGCCACACGGGGAAAAUGGCGGCGGCGACAUCCGCGAUGGUGGCGGGCGCUCCCGCCGAAUGGAUCCGCAACUGGGAGAAAUCCGGCAAGAGCGAGUUCUUGCAGCUGUGUCGCGCACUUUCUGAAAAUGCAACUUUUAGAGGUGUCCAGCAGGCCCUCUAUGAGCUUGCGUAUCACGUUAUCAAGGGAAAUCUAAAGCAUGACCAAGCAUCGAAUGUUCUUAAUGAUAUUAUAGAAUUUCGCGAUGAUAUGCCUUCCAUUCUGGCUGAUGUAUUCUGCAUAUUAGACAUCGAAACCAGUUGUUUAGAAGAAAAGAGCAAAAGAGACCAGUUCAUGCAGCUGGUGUUGGCUUGUUUGAACCUGGUUUCCGAUACUAUAUUAAAAGAGCGUUUGGAUCCAGAAACUCUGGAAUCAUUAGGGCUUAUCAAGCAGUCCCAGCAGUUUAAUCAGAAAUCUGUGAAAAUAAAGACAAAACUUUUUUAUAAGCAACAGAAAUUUAAUUUAUUAAGAGAAGAGAACGAAGGCUAUGCAAAACUGAUUGCUGAACUGGGACAAGAUUUAUCUGGAAAUAUCACUAGUGAAUUGAUCCUGGAAAACAUUAAAUCUUUAAUAGGAUGUUUUAACCUGGAUCCUAACCGAGUGUUGGAUAUUAUCUUGGAAGUCUACGAAUGUCGACCAGAAUAUGAUGAAUUUUUUGUACCUUUAAUAGAGUCGUAUAUGUAUAUGUGUGAACCUCAAACACUCUGCCAUAUACUUGGAUUCAAAUUCAAGUUUUAUCAGGAACCAAAUGGAGAGACCCCGGUCUCUUUGUACAGAGUCGCUGCAAUCCUUUUACAACACAACUUAAUAGAUCUGGAAGAUCUUUAUGUGCAUCUCCUGCCAUCCGACCACGCUAUCCUCGAGGAACACAAACGGGAAAUCGGGGAGGCGAAACUAAUCGUACGGAAACUUACCAUGGUUGUGCUCUCGUCCGAAAAGACGGAAGAGAAAGAGAAAGAAAAGGAGAAGGAAGAGGAGAAAAUGGAAAAGCCACCAGAUAACCAGAAACUGGGUUUAUUAGAAGCCAUGUUAAAAAUCGGUGAUUGGCAGCAUGCGCAAAGCAUUAUGGACCAGAUGCCUCCGUUUUACGCAACUUCACACAAACCCAUCGCUCUCGCUCUUUGCCAGCUUCUCCAUGUGAUGAUUGAGCCCCUCUAUCGAAGAGUCGGGGUCCUCAAAGGUGCCAAAGGAACCCCAGUCCCCCCUUUGCAAAACAAGAGAGCCCCAAAGCCAGUCGAACAUUUUGAAGACUUAAGGAAAGAAGUGUUCAACAUGCUUUGCUAUCUCGGCCCGCAUCUCUCCCACGAUCCCAUUCUCUUCGCAAAAGUCUUGCGCCUUGGGAAAGCUUUCAUGAAAGAGUACCAGUUGGACGGAAACAAACAAGAGGACAGAGAGAAAAUGGAGAUAUUGUUCAGCUGCUUGCUGAGUAUCACUGACCAGGUUCUGCUUCCUUCUCUUUCCCUGAUGGACUGUAACGCAUGCAUGUCUGAGGAACUCUGGGGGAUGUUUAAAACAUUUCCAUACCAGCACCGGUAUCGUCUCUACGGCCAGUGGAAGAACGAAACAUACAAUAGCCAUCCACUGCUAGUGAAAGUUAAAGCUCAGAUAAUUGACCGAGCUAAAUAUAUAAUGAAGCGUUUAACGAAGGAGAACGUAAAGCCUUCUGGAAGACAAAUUGGGAAACUGAGUCACAGCAACCCAACCAUUUUAUUUGACUAUAUUUUGUCCCAGAUCCAGAAAUACGAUAACCUAAUAACUCCAGUUGUUGAUUCAUUGAAAUACCUCACUUCACUAAACUACGAUGUUUUGGCUUAUUGCAUAAUUGAAGCAUUGGCAAAUCCCGAGAAGGAGAGGAUGAAGCACGACGACACUACAAUUUCCAGUUGGCUUCAGAGCUUAGCGAGUUUUUGUGGUGCUGUUUUUCGAAAAUACCCAAUAGAACUUGCCGGACUCCUCCAGUAUGUGGCAAAUCAACUCAAGGCAGGAAAAAGUUUUGACCUCCUCAUUUUGAAAGAAGUGGUACAAAAAAUGGCCGGAAUUGAAAUCACCGAAGAAAUGACCAUGGAACAGCUAGAAGCCAUGACUGGCGGGGAGCAGCUGAAGGCAGAGGGAGGAUAUUUCGGUCAGAUCAGGAACACGAAGAAAUCUUCUCAGAGAUUAAAAGAUGCCCUUCUGGACCACGAUCUUGCCCUCCCGCUGUGCCUUCUCAUGGCUCAGCAGCGCAACGGCGUCAUCUUUCAAGAAGGAGGGGAGAAACAUUUGAAGCUGGUGGGGAAGCUCUACGAUCAGUGCCACGAUACUUUGGUACAAUUUGGUGGAUUUCUGGCGUCUAAUUUAAGCACAGAGGACUAUAUUAAGCGAGUGCCUUCUAUCGACGUCCUCUGUAACGAAUUUCACACUCCUCACGACGCUGCUUUCUUCCUUUCAAGACCUAUGUACGCGCACCACAUUUCGUCAAAGUACGAUGAGUUGAAGAAAGCGGAAAAGGGGAAUAAGCAGCAGCAGAAAGUCCACAAAUACAUCACGUCUUGUGAGCUGGUGAUGGCGCCUGUUCACGACGCAGUGAUCUCCUUGCACCUCCCGAAGGUCUGGGAUGAUAUCAGUCCCCAGUUCUAUGCCACCUUCUGGUCCCUGACCAUGUACGACCUUGCGGUGCCCCGGGGUAGCUACGAACGGGAAGUCAACAAACUCAAAGUCCAGAUGAAAGCCAUCGACGACAAUCAAGACAUGCCUCCCAAUAAAAAGAAGAAAGAAAAAGAACGCUGCACAGCCCUUCAGGAUAAACUUCUGGAAGAGGAAAAGAAGCAGUUGGAUCACGUGGAAAGGGUGUUGCAAAGGCUGAAGCUUGAAAAGGACAACUGGCUUCUUGCGAAGUCGACGAAAAACGAGACCAUAACCAAGUUUCUGCAACUGUGUAUAUUUCCUCGCUGUAUCUUUUCUGCCAUCGAUGCUGUUUACUGUGCUCGCUUUGUAGAACUGGUGCAUCAACAGAAAACACCCAAUUUUUCCACACUGCUUUGUUAUGACCGAGUCUUCUCCGAUAUCAUCUACACAGUAGCCAGCUGCACUGAAAACGAAGCCAGUCGAUAUGGUAGAUUUUUGUGCUGCAUGCUAGAUACCGUAACCCAGUGGCACAGCGACAAAAGCGUAUAUGAAAAGGAAUGUGGUAAUUAUCCGGGCUUCAUCACUGUACUGCGAUCCAGUGGUUACGAUGCUGUGAACAAAGCCGACCAGUUAGAUUACGAAAAUUUCCGACACGUGGUACACAAAUGGCAUUAUAAAUUAACCAAGGCGUCCGUACACUGUCUGGAAACCGGGGAAUAUACACAUAUCAGAAAUAUCCUGAUUGUGCUGACCAAAAUUUUGCCGUGGUAUCCAAAGGUGGUGAAUCUGGGCCAGGCCUUGGAAAGAAGAGUCCGUAAGAUUUACGAAGAAGAGAAAGAAAAGAGACCAGACCUAUAUGCGUUAGCCAUGGGCUAUUCUGGCCAACUGAAAAGUAGAAAAAUGGUUCCUGAAAACGAUUUCCAUCAGAAGGACCUUCCGACCCGAAACGCAGUGCCCACCAUGGUUCAGAACGGGCCAGGGGGAGCAGGGCUGCCUCCGCUCACGAUAAACGCAGCGAAAUUGGAAGAAAGCACCGCCGAGGAGACAGAUAAGUUGAAGGAGAAGUCACAGGGCGCAGUUAAAGUGGUCAGCAAAGCCGCCAACGCGACGCCCAAGGUGAUCGCCAGCAAUGGAAACACCAGCAAACUUGUCAAAGAAAAAGAGGACAAAGAGAAAUGCGGGAAGGAGAAAGAGAAGGAGAAGAAAGAGAAAGUCCCGGCUGGCACUCCUGAAGCUAAAUUACUCGGAAAAGACGGGAAGGAUAAGCCAAAGGAAGAGAGGGCGAACAAAGAAGAGAAGGCACGAGAAGCUAAGGAAAAGACACCGAAGGCUGACAAAGAGAAGGAGAAAAUCAAGAGAGAAGAGAAACCAUUCAAAGAGGAAAAAUCCAAGAUUAUUGUGACCAACGCUGAGUCCAAAUCAAUGGCGGAAAAGGAGAGAGAGAAGGAGCCAUCAAGAGAGAGAGAAGUGACCAAGGAGAUGAAAUCCAAGGAAGUCAUUAGAGGAGGAGGAGGAGGCGGCGGGGGAGGAGGAGGAGGAGGAGAGAAGAUUCCAAUUGCUGGGUCCUUGAAGUCACCUGUUCCCCGGUCAGAAACUUCAGAUUCCGAAAGGGAACAAAAACGUCGCAAAAUAGAUACCCAUUCUUCUCCAUCACAUUCCUCAAGUGUAAAGGACAACCUCAGCGAACUCAAGGAUUCCGCAGUUAAGCACUACGUUAACCACUCCGCUCCGGCAUUGUCUAAAAGUAAGGAGAGAGAAGUAGACAAGAAAGAUUUGGACAAAUCAAGGGAAAGAUCCCGAGAGAGAGAAAAGAAAGAUGAAAAGGAAAGGAAAGACCGAAAAAGGGAUCAUUCGAACAAUGACCGCGAAGUUCCCCAAGAUUCAGCCAAGCGUCGGAAAGAGGAAAACGGAACAACUGGUUCCUCCAAGCACAGUAAGAGUGAAAGUCCUUCCAACUCCCCCCCUCGUUCAAAUGAGAAGGAGAAAGAGAAGAACAAGUCAAAAUCUUCAAGCAAGGAGAAAAGCGAUUCCAUCAAAGUUGAAAAGAUGGAGAAAAGCUCUUCCGGAAGCAAAAAGGAGUCCAGGCACGAUAAAGAAAAACCAGAGAAAAAAGAAAAACGGGAUAGUACUGGGAACAAAGAAGAAAAGAAACACCAUAAAUCGUCAGACAAGCACAGAUAAUGAGCACUGUUCUGACCAAGGUGAGGUUCGGACAAGAAGAUGGUGAGCUGCGACCAGACAUGAAUUUUGAUUGCACAGAAGAUUGUGAAUGACGUGGACCUGUCUCCAUCUCCUUAAAUUAUUCACCUCUCGGCUUUAUUUCUCUCCCGUUGCUGAAGAUGUUGAUGGUUGAGUUGUACAUUACUGUAAUUUUAACUCGUCGCUUAAGUUUCUUAAAAACAUUUAUUUUCAGUACCUGGCUGGAAGUGUUACCUGUUCCAUAUUUUUUAGCACAAUGUGCUGCCAACAGUUGCCAUCGUUGCAAAUGAGGGUUUUUGUUUUUUUUCCACAUGUACAGAGUUCUUCCUUUAGGUUAUCAAAAAUGCUUCCUCCGUUUAGCCAUUUUAUUAUUUUUUUUAUUUUCCUUUUCAAUUGGAAAUGCGUUCUUUUAGGUGUUUGGGGAAAAAAAGAAAAAAAAAAACCCAACAACAAAUAAAACCGUUAUUGAAAGUUUGGAUUUUUACCUCAUUUAAAGAAAAAAAAAUCCAGUUUUUAUUUAUUGUUUUUAAUAUUGAUAACUAAAACCGUGGGCGGGAUAGGGCACUGUUUUCAAGCAAUGCUAAGGAAAGUAUUUGUAUAUUAUGUGCACAAUAGUAAACUUGUUUAAAAAAGAAAGAGAGAGAAGAAAGGAAACAGAGGGAUACCCCAUACUCUGUUUGUUCCGCACGAUGAUCCUUAACAUUUGUCAUAAUGUUUUUAAAAGAAAUGGGGAAACUGCUUUCUUCCGAACAUGAAUUCAGACCAAUUAAGUUUCAAUAUUACAGCUACAGGAACUUUGUAUCGGUGGGAUUUCAGUCCCAAAAAAAAAAUUUAAAAAAAUUAAAAAAAAGUUUCACAAUGACCUUUUUAAAAAAAAAAAACCAACCAACAAAACAAUUUUUUUAUCUGAAAUUCUACCAAGUGUAAUCUUUUUUCUAAAUAAAAAUUAGUUUUCUCAAUGGGUCGUAAA